UAUUUAGCUUUUAAUUCCUUGUCUUAGAAUAACUCCCUUAAUCAAUUAAUAGAAAGGAAAGAUGGACUUUUUGGAAACUGUUUGUUCAAUUUUGUUAAUCACAUAAAGGGUUAAUGCACGAAUGCAGUUCAUUUUCCAAGAUAAAAAUAAUUUUCACGAGUAAAUCUUGCGAAAUGCAUAUAUCAUCGCAUAAUUAUGACUUUGUAUCCCCACCAACGAUGCAAUGUCUGAUAUUAUUGUUAGUUCAAUAUAAGGAACGCAAUACGUCAGCCUAAACGUGUUUUAAUCUACAUUGCAAGGUCAUUUAGGCGAGGUUAAGUAGCAUUUCGUGGCUUCACGGCUAACACGUUGGAAGUGGCCACGUUGGCCUGACGUCCAUAUGACUACCAAUAAGAUAACUAACAUACAGAUCCUCUUUGGAUUUAACCAAUCGUUGGUCAUAUAUUUGAUCAUCGUUCAUGUUCCCGCCAAACACGAGCGAUCUUUUCAGUAAAACGAUCAUCUUUUUGAGGAGCGCCCGGUUCUUCGAAGAUCUCCUCCAUUUUUUUAUAUAAAACAUUUCAUCAAGUACGUAAUCGUGGUGGCCAAGGGUGUCCUCAUAUUCUUAUAGUUUUUCAUUGAAACGAAAAGUCCUCCCAGGAUGUGGAUGAUACUCGCAAGUGGCCUUUUGGCUGUUGCACUAGCAAAUUCGGACAAUGCAGCGAGUGUUGCACCGGAAGAAGGUUCCAACGCAGCCGUACUUUCUCCGGAAGUGGGUUCUGGCUUCGAAGAAAAACUCCCAACGGCGGAGCAACUCCUGGGGAUGCUCGAUUCGAUGACCGGCUUGACAGAUGAGGAGAAGUUGAAACUCAGGGAGGAUUUGUUGAAAACUAUCCAAGAAAAUGAUGAUUUUCCACAACUUGACAGCCAACCGGUGCCUGGCAAUGAUCUCACUAUGCAAACUAUGGUCCUUUUAUCUUUAUUGAGUGUAGUUGCUCUCAUUUUUGUGUUCUUUGUCUACAAAUUGUUCAAGUGCUUGUCGGAGAGGGAGUCGAAGCGGGAGGAGAAAAAGAAGAAUAAACAGAUGAAGAAAAAAAAGUAACGCGAACGAGGUUAAUGGGGGCGUUGCAUUAUGGAAUGCGGCGAAAGAAAUAUGAAUGUGCAACGUAUACAUUGUUCUGCGGAACCAUUUAUCGCAUUUUAUGUACAAUGAAAGACAAUGUACAUUUCACGACAUACUCUAUUUUGUUAAAUAAAAGAAUAUAUUUAUGAAUAAAAACUGAAACCCAUUUAUUAGGGGACAAUAUA